UUUCGAUCUGUCCCUAAUGUAAAAUGAUUGAGCAAGCUUCACUGGUUUGCGGGCUAUUCAAUGGAAAACGAAAGCUAUUACUGUUCUCCCAUGGCGUCCAGCAGCGUAAAUGACCCUAGUCAAGGGAACAGCUACCAGGAGAACUUCAGCUGCUCUGAGAGUAACUCUGAGAGCAGUGCUACAGAAGAGGAAUCAGACAGUGAUGCAGCAGGAACCCGACAGGAUCAGGAAGAGCCUUGCCGGUACUACAACAGUGGUCACUGCCGGGAUGGGAAAAGGUGCCACUACCUACACGUCUGCAAAUACGCACUGAGAGGCAACUGUCGCUAUGGAGCCAAGUGUCGCCUCAAGCACCUCAGCUCCUCGUCUGACAGUGAUGGAGGUAGUGGGAGGAGGGAAAGGAGGAGGUCUUUAUCUGGAGGGAGAAGAGGAGGCGGUGGGAGAGAAAGGAGGAGGUCUUCAUCUGGAGGUAGAGGAGGAGGUGGAAGGAGGGACAAGAGGAAGUCUUUAUCUGGAGGUAGAAGAGGAGGUGGGAGAGAAAGGAGGUCUUCAUCUGGAGGUAGAGGAGGAGGUGGAAGGAGGGACAGGAGGAAGUCUUCAUCUGGAGGGAGAGGAGGAGGUGGGAGAGAAAGGAGGUCUUCAUCUGGAGGUAGAGGAGGAGGUGGAAGGAGGGACAGGAGGAGGUCUUUAUCUGGAGGGAGAGGAGGAGGUGGAAGAGAAAGGAGGUCCUCAUCUGGAGGGAGAGGAGGAGGUGGGAAGAGGGACAGGAGGAGGUCUUUAUCUGCAGGGAGAGGAGGAAGUGGGAGAGAAAGGAGGAAGUCUUCAUCUGGAGUGAGAAGAGGAGACCGGGCCAGGGAAAGUUCUUCAUCUAGAGGGGCUCAGCGUGACAUUAGCGGGCCAUACAAAUGGCAGUUGGAAGAUGGACAUGGCUGGAAGGACAUAGCCAACGAUCACAUUUUGGAGGGACAGUACUCCCAACCCAACAUUAAGGGCAUCAAUAUCUACAACACCCCCUACGGCAAAGUGAGUAUUGAUUUCAAGGCGAUGAGAGUCCGCGGUAAGAAUAAUCUGAGAGUGAGGCGUUUGGAUGGUCAGCAGACAGAGUGGAUCUGGUUCUACUCUAGUAGCAAAGGCUGGACCAAGUAUGGAGAAAAGGAUUCCAAGGGAAACUCAGGCCCCAUCCAGAGUUCUGAGAUCGAGAAGAAAUUCCAACUCAACCGUAACGGUUCUCCUACGUUCAACAUCGGCUCUGAUAUCUUCAAGAUCCGAUUCAGACAAAUGAGACAGGUGAGCGGCAAGAGGAAGAGGAAAGUUGUCCGUCGUCCAAAGUACCAACCACCUCAAAGCGGAAAUCUAAUUGGUCGAGUGACGUCUGCUUUCCAGAGAGUGAAGAUGUCUCCAGCGGGCCAGAGUGAAUCUCCAGAGUGGCAGUUUGGGGGGAAAAGUGGGCACUGGCACACCUUCAAAGACAGUGCUGACAUUGAAGACCAGUACCAGAAGGACUUCAAUGGAUCCAUGUCCCUCACUGUCAAAGGACAGGCCUACAAGCUGGACUUCUCAGCCAUGAAGCAAACCAACCAGUCUACAAGGGCGACGCGCUUCAUCAGGCGUGUCUAGAGAGCAUGAUGAACAACGCAACAUCAGGCGUGUCUAGAGAGCAUGAUGAACAAUGCAACAUCAGGCGUGUCUAGAGAGCAUGAUGAACAACGCAACACUCCGACAUCAUCAUUGCCUGUUUAUUUUAGGGGAAGUAGAAUUGUUGGGUUGCUAUUACAUGCAAUAUGUUUACAUGCAAUAACCUGCCAUUAGCUCACGAACGGGAAUACAUGCCUAUUGCCGAAAAGGACUACAGAUAUUGGAUAUACUCCUGUACACACUGUGUAUGAAACAACAUGCACAAUAACAAACUGUUUACCUUUUUCUGUGUGUUUUGUUGUUGUUGCCCCGCAAAAGCAAAGUGCAUUAUCUGCAAAUUUGGUAAAAAAACAUUUGUUCUGUUGUAAUGGCCUGGUGCAAUAUGUGAUAAUAAGGCAUUUAGUUUCCUGACAAGAACAACCCAGUCAAUCAGAAUAUGUCAUGAAGUACCAGAAAUUGCUGUAUGUCUGGACAGAAAAAGACUUUGAAGUCAGAUUUGGCUGUUAAAUAUUUUAAGCAGAUAUUGCACUUUGCCUUUGUAGGGUAUACAUGUAUGAGGGAUGCUGUAGCAGACGGCCAUGAUCAAGUAACUGGGACAUUUAGUUAGAUAACAUUUGUGUGCAUGAUGUUGAAAUGUAGGUCAUACCUUUUAUCUCAGGUGUUGUUCGAAAAUUCGUGAAUAUUCAAAGCCCUCAUUAAAUAAGCCUUAAUAUUUAAAUUUAAUCAUUUAUUUGAAUCAAGGGUCAUAGCCAAUGAUGUAUAUACCCAUCAUUGGUCAUCUAGCUUGUGUUCAUUUCUAACAUUACCCCUAGAUUAGUUAUAUUUUUAUUGGUGCAAUAAAUGCUCAGAAGAACUGUGAGUAAACAAAUCCUGUUACAGUUUGACAUUCAGCAAUGAUGAAUUGAUUAUGUUUUAUGAAAAUCAAUGCAAUACAAUCUACAGUAAUGUGGUAGUAACAAUGUUGGAAUAACACUGCGUUAAAAUGUUCCUAAAAAUGGGCUGACGCUUGUCCUAGGUACCUUAAUGUGAUUGAAAGCUUAAACUGCCGUAUUGUUACUGUACACAAUGAAUAAAGACAAAAACAGUAUGUUUCCAUGUAAUAAGGUUUUGAUUAAAAGCAGAAUAAAUUGCAAUGAUUUUAUUUUGUGUUCUGGUAGUUUGCAUGAUUGGUUCUAAUAAAUCUGCGUUUCACCAA